UCUCCUAGGGACCAAAAAGAUCUCAGGAUUAUGGUCAGAGAAAGAGAGGUUGAAUCACAUCAACAUGAAGGAGUUGAAGGCGAUUUGGUUCGGUCUGCAAGCAUUCGCUCCUUUGGUCGUGGGAAAGAGAGUGGCAGUAUACUCCGACAACACUACCGCUCUAUCUUAUAUCAGGAAUCAGGGAGGAACCCAUUCAUUCUCCCUCAACAAAGUCGCAGAAGAUCUCCUUCUCUGGUCUCAAGAUCGGGAUAUUUCCCUCGUUCCGAGGUUUGUACAGGGGAAGUUAAAUGUACUGGCAGACGAACUCAGUCGAGUAAACCAAGUUCUUCCCACGGAGUGGACAUUGCAAGACAAAAUUUGUCAGGAACUGUGGAAACUUUGGGGAAGACCUUCAGUGGAUCUGUUUGCCACGCUGAGGAACAAUCGACUUCCGAUCUUUUGUUCCCCAGUUCCAGAUCCUCUUGCUUGGAAGACCGACGCAAUGCUUCAGGAUUGGACGGGUCUAGACGUUUACGCCUUUCCCCCAUUUGGAAUGAUCAGAGAGGUGUUGAACAAGUUCCUCUCACAUCAAAAUGUGUCAAUGACGUUGGUAGCACAAUUCUGGCCCAGGAAAGAGUGGUUUCCAGACCUUCUCAAGUUGGUUAUAGACCAUCCCAGACUUCUUCCUCAGUAUCCUCGGCUACUCAAACAGCCCCACUUCGACAGGUAUCAUCAGAAUUUGUCCGCUCUGUCACUGACAGGGUUCAGACUGUCCGGAAACUCGUCAGAGCUAAGGGGUUUUCUCGUAGAGCGGCAGAGGCUAUUGCUAACUGUCGAAGAAGCUCUUCUGCCAAGCUUUACCAAUCAAAGUGGGGAGUCUUUAGGACGUGGUGCAGAAGACAUAAUUUCUCGUCUUCUAAAACCUCUGUGACAGAAAUAGCUGAUUUUUUGCUGUACCUUAAAGAAGUUAAGAACUUGUCGGUAUCGACAAUUAAAGGGUACAGAGCUAUGCUGUCCUCAGUGUUUAAGCAUAGAGGGCUUGACAUCUCCUCUAACCAGGAUAUUGGAGAUUUAAUUAAAUCUUUUAAUACAGUAAAAGUAUCCAAGAAGGAUAGUGUGGACUGGAACUUGGACGUAGUUUUAACUUUUCUGAUGUCUUCACGAUUCGAGCCACUUCGUGAAGCGUCUUUGAGAGAUGUAACGAGGAAGGCACUUUUUCUCUUCGCUUUGGCUACAGCAGGAAGAGUGAGUGAGUUACAAGCCAUCCACAAAGAGGUGGGGUUCAAAAAUCGUAAUGCGGUUUGUUCUUUUGUUAACGAAUUUUUAGCAAAGAACGAAUCUCCCUCUAACCCAUGGCCUAAAUCUUUUGUACUUAAGGGAUUAUCUAAUAUAGUGGGUCCGAUGGAGGAAGAAGAAUAUUUACUAUGUCCUGUCAGAGCUCUGAAAUGUUACCUGUCAAGGACACAAUCCGUUAGAGGUAAUUCCGAUCGACUUUGGUGUUCGGUUAAGAAUUCUGCAAAACCCUCUCCAAGAACGCUAUUUCGUUCUUUUUGAGAAGUCUGAUACUGGAGUCACACUCUCAAGUCCAAGAUCAGACUCUAAAUGUGCUUAAGGUGAAAGCACAUGAAAUACGUGCAGUGGCGACAUCCUUAAGCUUCAAGCACAAUAUGUCGCUUUCCUCGAUUCUUCAAUCUACGUUUUGGAGAUCGAGAUCUGUGUUCGCCUCAUUUUACCUGAAGAAUGUAGAGGCUACCUAUGAUAGUUGUUGUAAAUUGGGUCCUUUGUCGGUAGCGGGCAUGGUGUUGGGAAAGGAAACAUAGGGGAACUUUCUAUCCUCUACUGUCUCCUCGCCUUGUUAUAGGUUGUUGAGUCGUGGGCAGACUGGAGGCUCAUAGUACUUUGGAGAACCUCCAGAUCUUAUUUAUUACUUUUGAGUAUGUCAUUAUUUUUGGUAUAGGUGAUGGUCUGUUGUUUUUUAUCUGGUUUCUGAAGCCCAGGGCAAGGGCAUUAUCUGUUUUUUAAUAUUUUGUCAACCAACGGUCUUGUCCAUGGUUACAAAAUCCCACUAAGUAGGGACGACCCUGGCCUAUACUGCCACGUCUCCUACGAGUGAUGAGAGCGCCAACCAGAGGCAGUAUUCUCCUGCAGCUGCUCUCUCACAAGAUGGACGUGUCGGCUAAACGAAAAUUGACGGUAGAAGGCUAGCAGUACCCAGGGUUCCCGGAUGUGGGCGGGUCUUGUAUCACCUAUACUUAAGAUAGCAACGCCGCUGGCGCCAACAAUUUGAAUUUCGACUGCCGUAGGUAAGAAGCUAUAAG